UCCUCAUCUACCAUGUCCCGGCAGUCCUCCAUCACCUUCCAGACCAGCAGCCGCAGGGGCUUCAGCACUGCCUCGGCCAUCACCCCUGCAGCUGGAGGCUCCCGCUUCAACUCUGUCUCAGUGGCCCGCUCCUCAGGCAGCAAUGGAGGAUUGGGGAGGAUCAGUGGCACAGGGGCUGGCUUUGGAAGUCGCAGCCUCUACAAUCUGGGGGGGACCAAGCAGGCAUUGGUCAGUGGGUGCAGCUUCCGGAAUGGUUUUGGCAGCAGAACUGGCAACGGGUUUGGCUUUGGAAGUGGGGUCAGCAGUGCAUUUGGCUAUGGAGGUGGGGUUGGAGGGAGCUUUGUGGGUCCUAAUUUCCCUGUUGGCCCCUCCGGUGGCAUCCAAGAGGUCAUUGUCAACCAGAGUCUCCUGACUCCCCUCAACCUGCAAAUUGACCCCGCCAUCCAGAGGGUACGGAAAGAAGAGCGGGAGCAGAUCAAGACCCUGAACAACAAGUUUGCCUCCUUCAUUGAUAAGGUGCGGUUUCUAGAGCAACAAAACAAGGUCUUGGAGACCAAAUGGAACCUUCUGCAGGAGCAGGGUUCCAAGACCAUAAGGCAGAACCUGGAGCCCCUCUUUGACACCUACAUCAGUGAGCUCCGACGACAGCUGGAAAAUGUCAUCACUGAGAGGGGCAGGCUUGAUGCUGAGCUGCGGAACAUGCAGGAUGUCGUAGAAGACUUCAAAGUCCGGUAUGAAGAUGAAAUCAACAAGCGCACAGCUGCUGAGAAUGAGUUUGUAGCCCUGAAGAAGGACGUGGAUGGUGCCUACAUGAAGAAAGUGGAGUUGGAGGCCAAGGUCAACUCUCUGACUGAUGAGAUCAACUUCUUACGGUUGCUGUAUGAGGCAGAUCUGUCCCAGAUGCAGAAUCAGGUCAGUGACACAUCUGUGGUGCUGUCCAUGGACAACAACCGCAGCCUGGACCUGGACAGCAUCAUUGCUGAGGUCAAAGCACAGUACGAGGACAUCGCCAACCGCAGCCGGGCUGAGGCUGAGUCCUGGUACCAGACCAAGUAUGAGGAGCUGCAGGUCACGGCAGGCAGACAUGGCGAUGACCUCCACAGCACGAAGCAGGAGAUCUCCGAGAUGAACCGGAUGAUCCAGAGGCUAAGAGCUGAGGUAGACAGUGUCAAGAAGCAGUGUGCCAACCUGCAAACGGCCAUUGCCGAUGCAGAGCAGCAUGGAGAACUAGCCCUCAAGGAUGCACGAGCCAAGUUGGCGGACCUUGAAGAGGCCCUGCAAAAGGCAAAGCAAGACAUGGCACGGCUGCUACGCGAGUACCAGGAGCUGAUGAAUAUCAAGCUGGCCCUUGAUGUGGAAAUCGCCACCUACAAGAAGCUGCUAGAAGGCGAGGAGUGCAGGCUGAGUGGAGAGGGUGUUUCUCCAGUUAACAUCUCUGUGGUCACCAACACCAUUUCCAGCGGCUACGGCAGUGGCAGCGGCAUUGGAGGUGGAAGCCUGGGUCUCGGUGGGGGCAGCGGCUACUCCUUCACCACCAGCGGUGGGCACAGCCUGGGUGCAGGGCUCGGGGGCUCUGGCCUCAGUGCCAGCAGCAGCCGGGGCCUAGGAGGCAGUGGCUCAAGCGUCAAGUUUGUCUCCACCACAUCCUCCAGCUGGAAAAGCUGCAAGCACUAA